AAAUGACAUUCUCAGCCGGAAUAUGAGUUACAGUCUGCUCGAGAAGAUUUAAUCAAGCGAGGAACAUAAACUUCAACAAAAGAGAAAACACAAUUUACAUGAGGAGACAUAAAAAGCAGUUUUAUGAGCUCCAAAAUGAGUUCUUCGGGGGAACCGCACACAGAGGUGGACCAGAGUUAUAUUCCGGGUAAAAUAAACUCACCUGAACCCGGCUGUAAGUCUGCGGACAGUGAUGACUCAAUGGAAAGUCCAGUAAACUUUGGAGAGGGAGAUGGAUCUCCUGCUGAGAGUUAUAUUUGGGGUAAAACAAAACCACCUGAACCUGGCUGUAAGUCUGCGGACAGUGAUGACUCAAUGGAAAGUCCAAUAAACUUCGGAGAGGGAGACAGAUCUCCUGCUGAGAGGGUCCAAAAGAAGAAAUCAAAAAUUUUCAGCAGACGUCACUUGGACUCCAUAUUAAAGGAGUUGGAACACAAAUUAAUGUCUCUGGUGAAGAAAGAACUGAAGACAGUCAAGAAGAUACUGAGUGUGGAUAACCCAGCAUCCUCUGAGAGAGAGGUGGAGGAUGAGGAGGAUCAGAGCAGUUCCAAUGUGUCGAUGCAGAAGAUCUCAUGGAAAAUGCUGAAGAGCAUGAACCAGACAAACCUUGCAAAAACACUGAAGAGUGGGAUUGCUCCUGCAUGUCAGAAAAUGCUCAAAUCCAAACUAAUGAAACAAUAUAAAAAUAACUAUAAAAAAAUUUUAGAGCAUGGAACAUCAACCAUUCUAAAUGAGAUCUACACAGAGCUCUACAUCACAGAGGGAGGGAGUGGAGACAUCUAUAAUGAGCAUGAGGUCAGACAGAUUGAGACAGGAUUCAGGAGACAAGCAUCACAGGAGAAACCCAUCAACUGCAAUGACCUCUUUAAAGACGAAUCCAUCAGAACUGUGCUGACUAAAGGAGUUGCUGGAAUUGGAAAAACAGUCUCUGUGCAGAAGUUCAUUCUGGACUGGGCUGAAGGAAAAGCAAAUCAGAAUGUCCUCUUAUUUCCACUUCCUUUUAGGGAGCUCAAUUUGAUGAAGGACAGAAAACUCAGUCUGAUUGAUCUGCUUUACCAACUUUUCCCAAAAUUAAAUGAUUUAAAAUCAUUCAAUAGUGGCAAUAACAAAGUCAUGUUCAUCUUUGAUGGUCUGGAUGAGUGUCGACUUCCUCUAGAUUUCCAGAACAAUGCGAGAUUGUGGGAUGUAACAGAGUCAGCAUCAGUUGAUGUGCUGCUGACAAACCUCAUCAAGGGGAAUCUGCUUCCCUCUGCUCUCCUCUGGAUAACCUCUCGACCAGCAGCAGCCAAUCAGAUCCCUCCUGAGUGUGUUAAUCUGGUAACAGAAAUAAGAGGGUUUAGUGACCCUCAGAAAGAGGAGUACUUCAGGAAGAGAAUCAGUGACCAGAGCCUGGCCAAUAAAAUCAUCUCACACAUGAAGUCCUCAAGAAGCCUCUACAUCAUGUGCCACAUCCCAGUCUUCUGUUGGAUUGCAGCCACUGUUCUAGAGAGAGUGUUGGGGGAAGCAGAGAGUGGAGAGAUCCCAAAGACUCUGACUCAAAUGUUCUUACACUUCCUGAUCUUUCAGACAUCUAACAUUGAUCCUCAGCAGACUCGAAAGAUGAUUCUGGCACUGGGAAAACUGGCUUUCCAACAGCUGGAGAAAGGCAAUCUGAUCUUCUAUGAGGAGGACCUGAGAGAGUGUGGCAUUGAUGUCAGAGAAGUGUCAGUGUACUCAGGAGAUUGUACCCAGAUCUUCAGAGAGGAGUUUGAGCUGCACCUGGGGAAGGUGUUCAGCUUUGUGCACCUGAGUGUUCAGGAGUUUCUGGCUGCUUUAUAUGCAUUUCUCUCCUUCAUCAACAAAGAUGUAACUAAACAGAUAACCACAGAUCUCUCUGGUAUUUUCAAAGAGUCUAAAAUGUCAAACUUCAUCAAAUCUGCAGUGGAUAAGGCCUUGAAGAGUGAGAAUGGACACCUGGAUCUUUUCCUCCGCUUCCUUCUGGGUCUCUCACUGGAAUCCAAUCAGACUGUCUUACGAGGCCUACUGACCCAGACAGGAAGCAGCUCUCACAGCAAAAAGGAUACGGUCCAGUACAUCAAGGAGAAGAUCAAGGAGAAUCCCUCUCCAGAGAAAUCCAUCAAUCUGUUCUACUGUUUGAAUGAACUGAAUGAUCAUUCUCUAGUGAUGGAAGUCCAAACAUAUCUGAACAGAGGGCAUUACUGUCUCCGUGGAGUAAAACUCUCUUCUGUCCAAUGGUCAGCUCUGGUGUUUGUGUUGCUGAAUUCAGAAGGGCUGAAUGAGUUUGAUCUGCGUAAAUAUGACAGAUCAGAGAGAUGUAUACUGAGGCUUCUGCCAGUGGUCAAAGCAUCCAGAAAAGCUAAGCUGACUAACUGUAAUCUCACAGAGAAAAGCUGUGAAGCUCUGGCCUCAGCUCUCAGCUCAAACUCCUCAAGUCUAAGAGAACUGAAUCUGAGUAACAAUGAACUGCUGCAGGAUUCAGGAGUGAAGCUGCUCUCUGCUGGACUGGAGAAUCCACACUGUAAACUGGAGAAACUGAGGCUGAGUCGGUGUAAUCUUACAGAAGAAAGUUGUGUAGCUCUGGCAUCAGCUCUCAGCUCAGACUUCUCAAUUCUGAGAGAACUGGACCUCAGUAACAAUAAACUGCAGGAUUCAGGAGUAGAGCUGCUAUCUGCUGGAAUAAAAAAUCCACACUGUAAACUGGAGAAACUGGAGCUAAGUGGUUGUAAUGUCACAGAGAAAAGUGGUCCAGCUCUGUUUUCAGCUAUCAGCUCAAACUCCUCAACUCUGAGAGAACUGAACCUGAGUUACAACGACCUGCUGAAGGAUUCAGGAAUGAAGCUGCUCUCUGAUGGACUGAAGAAUCCACACUGUAAACUGGAGAAACUGGAACUGUGUGGUUGUAAUCUCACAGAAGAAAGCUGUGAAGCACUAUCCUCAGCCCUCAGCUCAAACUCUUCAAUUCUAAGAGAACUGGAUCUGAGCAGCAAUAAACUACAGGAUUCCGGAGUGAAGCUGCUCUCUGCUGGACUGGAGAGUCCACACUGUAAACUGGAGAAACUGGUACUGUACAACUGCAGUAUUACAGAUGAAGGCUGUGUUUCUCUGGCUUCAACUUUGAAAUCAAACCCUUCAUCAGAACUGAGAGAGCUGGACCUGAACCACAAUAAACCAGGAGAGUCAGGAGUGAAGCUGCUCUCUGAUCUACAGAAGGAUCCACACUGUAAACUGGAGAUAUUAUACAUCUGAGCACCAGCCAGCUGUUUGCUCUCAAACAUAGAAGGUUAUAAGGAGAGGAGGAGUCUUAGUACACACACACACAUACACACACACUCAGUAUUACACUUCUACAUAUCAUCGUUUGUGUGUUUGGGCUGUUAGUGGUCAAAUCUGUGAAAACAGCUGCAGCACAUGACUGUGUGAUCUCCUCAUGACAUCACCAUCAAACACCUCAUGCUGGUCGAUGAUCCCACAUUGAUGAGAGGUGAUGAGAGUGUGUGUACAGGAGGGAGGAGCACCAGGUGUCAUGAAACCAAUGGAAAUGUAGAUAGAGAUAUUAUUGGUUUUAGAGACUGAGAGACUUUCAUUCUGCUUAAACAGACAAGGCACACCAUGACUGACUUCCUCAGUU